CCCUUUAAGGUGCAGUUUUAUCAGCGCCAUCAGUUUAAAGCUGUGCCUUAUCCACAUUCACACUUCCGCCUUCUGUCACAACCGAGAGUGCGCUGUGUUUUCACUUCUGUUAGCUCCAGACUUAUGGCUUCGACCCAGAAAUGUGCUGUAAAAGGAAGCUGUGCUCCUGGAGUUGUACCCAAAGGCAAGAUCCGACUCUAUAGUAUGAGAUUCUGUCCAUAUGCCGAGAGAACCAGACUGGUGCUUCAUGCCAAGGGAAUAGAGUAUGAAACUAUCAACAUCCAUUUGAAAGAUAAACCCGAAUGGUACCUGGAGAAGAACCCUCUUGGCGCAGUGCCUGCACUGGAGACACCCUGUGGUCAGGUGGUCUACGAAUCAGCGAUUACAUGUGAAUACCUGGAUGAGAUAUACCCUGAGAAAAAACUAUAUCCCUCUGACCCCUUUGCAAAAGCGCAGCAGAAGAUGUUGCUGGAGGAAUACUCAAAGGUCAUUCCUCUGUUCUAUAAAAUUCCCAUGAGCAAAAAUAAAGGUGAGGAUGUGUCCGCAGUAGAAGCAGAGUUGAAGGAAAAGCUCUCUAAACUGAACAAGGUUCUUGUUAACAAGAAAACCAAAUUCUUUGGAGGUGAUUCAGUCACUAUGAUUGAUUACCUGAUCUGGCCAUGGUUUGAGAGGGUGGAUGCCUGGCAGCUCAAAAACUGUCUGGAUGCCACUCCAGAGCUGAACAACUGGAUUUUGCAGAUGAAGGAGGAUCCAUCCGUGAAGGCGCUUAUGUUCAGCUUAGAUACCCACAAAGCCUUUUUUACCUCAUUUAUGAAUGGGAAUCCCAAUUAUGACUAUGGCUUAUGAAUGCAUACUGUACUCUGUAUAUAACUGAAAUGUUUUUUCAGUACAGAUAUUUGAACAAGUAUAAUGCUUUGUCACAGACUGUGUCAUAAAUUUGCAUUAAAGUACCUUUUAAUAAAUUCCAGUUUUGAACGUUGCA